CAGUGGCAAGAGCAGCAGCAGCAGCGGUAGCAACAACUGCAACAAUUCCUGGAACCAUGGCUGAGUAAGACUACUCAACAGGAGGUAAAGGUGGAAAGGAUUUGCUCCAGUUAGUUAAUUCUUUUCUAGGUUAAGUGGUGGACCUUCCAUUGGUGAGCUCUUCUCAUCAUGAGUGGAUCCUUUGAUAAGAAGAUUAGCAGCAUUUUGACUGACAUUUCCAGCUCAAUCAGCUGCCAUGCAGGCACCAAAGACUCCCCUACGCUUCCUGAAUCGUCUAUCACGGACCUGGGAUACUACAGCACCCCACAUACUCAACAUGAAUAUUACCCCACCCAGCCUUAUACUCAACCUAUGAAUCACUAUGCAUACCACCCCCAAUUUAACUUCAAUGGGAUGGGGGCAACGGGGACAUACUCCCCCAAAUCUGACUAUCCUUACAGCACUUCAUAUAGACAAUAUGGACCUUUCCGGGAUCCGCAGUUGCCCAGCCAAGAAACAGUUUCAGUGAAGGAAGAACCCGAACCUGAAGUGCGGAUGGUCAAUGGAAAACCCAAAAAAAUCCGAAAGCCCCGCACAAUUUACUCUAGUUACCAGCUGGCUGCUUUGCAAAGGCGAUUCCAAAAGGCGCAGUACCUGGCGUUACCAGAGAGGGCAGAGUUGGCUGCACAACUUGGACUGACCCAGACUCAGGUGAAAAUUUGGUUCCAGAAUCGAAGAUCUAAAUUUAAGAAAUUGUACAAAAAUGGAGAGGUCCCCUUGGAACACAGCCCAAAUAACAGUGACUCCAUGGCUUGCAAUUCUCCACCAUCUCCUGCCCUCUGGGACAGUAACACUCAUAAUAACCCAGCCAGCAGGAGCCAAAUCCCCCAGCCACUCUCUUAUAACUCUCCCCCAAGCUACCUGGAAGAUCACAAUUCUUGGUUCCAUCAUCAGAAUCUGAACGGGCCUCACAUACAACAACAGGGACCUCCGCCCACUUCUGGCUCUAUGCAUCACCCAUCUCCAGGGCCUCCUCCCAAUCCUGGAGCAGUUUAUUAACCUCCUUUCCCUCCUCAAUGAAACAGGUGGAGCAGGAAAAAAGGAAUGAGGGAGAGGGAGACAGAGAGGGAGAAGCAAACAGAAGGCAACCAGUUAAAACUCUUUGAUAUGUUUCACAGGGCAUGCACACGUUCCAUCUCAUCUCAGGAACAAAUGAACUGCAGCAGGGCUAAGACAUUAG